AUGGCCAGUGGCGGACCUACCUCUCCGGACGCCCGGCAGAGUCCAGAACGCGGGUGGCCCACCCGGGGCCUGGCGGGCGCACCCACGCCGGGCCCGCCCAGGCCCCCAGCUCCGCCCGGGAAGCCGCUGCCGUCUCUGCGCCGCGCGACUUCUGCCCCUGCGCCGCCGCCGUCGCCGCAGCCAACACGGAAGCGCCGGCGCUGGGACCCGCCUGCGCGGACGCCGGACCACGUGGCCCGCGGAGGCGCCCGGGGGCGGGGCGGGGUGGAGUGGAGCCUGAGGUCCCCCGGAGGCGCCGCCAGCAGAGUCCUGGCAGCCGGCUUUCAGGUCUCUAAUGUGUGCCGAAUGAAUGAAAGCGCCUUUACAUUCACCGUCAUCAUCGCCUUUACAUUCACCGUCAUCAUCAGCAUCAAAACCAUCAUCCAAUGCCUGAGUCCAAGGGCGUGAAGAGAGCGCUGCAGUUAAACAGAUCUGGGUACUGAGUGAUCUUGAUCAAGUUACUUACCCUCUCAACCUUGUUUACCUUACUUGUGAAAUGGAGAAGUUGACACCAGUGCCAACACUGGGUGGCUGUGGGGUAAACAAGAUUAAGUAUGAAAUGGGCUUAA